AUGGUUAAAAGUAGUGAAAGGAAGUUAAUGGAAAGAGUGCAACAUGAAUUGCUGAUGAUUAAUGCUACCCAAAUGCUUGAGAAGGAGAAGUUGCUGGAAGUAGGAACAGAGCAAUUUGGGACAUUAAUUGACAAUAUCCUCAAGAAACUAGGUAGGAUUGAGAAAUUGAGUGAUGAUGAAUCCAUUGAAGAAACUCUUGAUGAAGUGGUAGACCUGCUUAGAUAUGUCAAUGACGAAAACCUGUUUAUUGAGUUUUACAUGAGGAAGCUUGCUCGCCAUUUAAUUUCUGACAGGACUAGUAUAAGCGAGGAUCAUGAAAGGGACUACUUUGACAAAGCUGAAGCAAUAUUAUGGUGGUUUAGUCACUUCAGCGUUGGAGGUAACGUUCAGGGAUUUUACUUUAGUAGAGGAAAAUCACGCCAAGUUGGAGGUUUGCUCGUGUAG